ACUCUUUUAAUCUGAUUUUUUUUUUUUCCUUUUGCUGAAGAAAAAUGUCUUCCCUGGGAGGGAAAGCACAGACUGUCUUGGGCCCUGUGGAUCCAGACUGCCUUGGCUAUACGUUGACUCACGAACACUUGACUAUGAACUACAGCAGCUGCUUUUGUCCACCGUCUCCAGGCCAAGAGCCUCUGUCUGAUGGGCCCAUUGAGAUGAAGAACUUGUUCUGGAUUAAGCAAAAUCCCUACAGCCAUAAAGAAAACCUUCUGUUAUGUCAGGAAACAGAUGCUGUGAAGGAGGAGCUGUUGCAUUUUAAAGCAGCAGGUGGUGGGACGAUCGUGGAAAACACAACCACAGGAAUUGGUCGGGAUAUGAAUACUUUGAAGAAACUUGCUGAAGAAACUGGCGUCCAUAUUAUUGCUGGGGCUGGGUUUUAUGUGGAUUCCACUCAUUCUUCUCAAACACAGGCCAUGACAGUGGAGCAGCUUACAGGCAUUAUUGUUGAUGAGAUACUCAAUGGAGCGGAUGGGACUAACAUCAAGUGUGGUGUGGUGGGAGAAAUAGGUUGCUCCUGGCCUUUGACUCAAACUGAACACAGAGUGCUUCAGGCAACAGCGCAGGCGCAGUCCCAGCUCGGGUGCCCCAUUAUCAUCCAUCCUGGCAGGAACAGCGAUGCACCUUUCCAGAUUAUCCGCAUUCUGCAGGAAGCUGGGGCUGAUGCUUCAAAGACAGUCAUGUCUCACCUCGACAGGACUAUAUUUGAUACAAAGAAACUUCUGGAAUUUGCUAAACUGGGAUGCUAUUUAGAGUAUGAUCUAUUUGGUACAGAAUUUCUUCAUUACCAGUUCCAUCCUGAUAUUGACAUGCCGAGCGACAAUGAAAGAAUUGCGAGGAUUCGUAUGCUGAUCGAUGAAGGCUAUGAAGACAGAAUUCUGAUCGCUCAUGACGUGCACACUAAGAAUAGGUUGAUGAAAUAUGGAGGUCAUGGAUAUUCACAUAUCCUUAAAAAUAUAGUUCCUAAAAUGCUGAUUAGAGGCAUAUCUCAAAAUAAAAUUGAUAAAAUACUCCAAGCAAAUCCAAAGCGGUGGUUGACUUUUAAAUAGGAAUAAUGGAUAAAUGUUCCUAUUUUGUAGGGAAGCUUGAUAAAAUUCAGAUUUGUUUAAGGAAAGCACCCAUUUUAAAACUUAGUUCUUUUCAGAGAAUCUAGAAGUUUUUAAUUAUAUGUGAACAAACUGAUUAUGACUUUUAUUUUUAAUUAGAACAGCAAAAUU